AUGUUUUCCGCUGCGACCCGAAGAACCUAUUAUGUGGGGGAAAGUUCGGGAACUAGGGCCGUAGAUGGGAGUUCUGAGAACCCAAGGGUCAAACCUGAACCACAAACGCCACCUAGAGUUGCAAAGAGGCCAAGAUACCAAGCGUUUGAAGACGAGCUAGUACCUGAGAGCUACCAGAACCUUAGAACCAUCACCUACAUCUCCGAUGAUGAGAGGAACAAUAGGACUUUUAUCGUAGUAGUUGACGGGGAUCAGGCUGCACCGGUAUUAGAUGAGGAAAAUGAGGAUGAUGAACCACCCCCACUAGAAGAUAUACCUGUUGAGGAAGAGGAACCUGUUGAGGAAGGAGAACCUGUUGAGGAAGAAGAUCCUGUUGAGGAAGAGGAUCCCAUUGAGGAAGAUGGUCCCAUUGAGGAAGAAGAACCCAUGGAGGGCGAAGAACACCUACUGGAAGACAUACCCAUUGAGGACGACAAACCUAAUGCAGAUGAAAUCGACGUGGAAGGAGUGAUAGAGGAUUUUGAAUCAGAGGAUGAAGCUCGCCGCCAUAGUCCAUAA